AUGGGAAAAGACACGGAGAAAACUCCGCUCCUUUUGGGCACUCCUUCGCAUCGUCGCAGUCCGAGCAGCAACAGGUACGUUCAUUUCAAAUUCAAAACGGCUUCCCGUUUGACUCUGUUAUCAGUGCAUGUGUGUACAAACAAUCGAUACAAAAUAAUGUCAUUGUGGUGCUCUGCCCAUCCUGGUUUUAUCGAAAACGAUUGAAUUGUAAACGAUGAGGUCGUUGCACUGUUUGAAUGGGAAUAAGGGGAAUAAGAAUAUUUAGCGGUGUUCGGGACUAGCUCCCACGGUAUCCUUCCCCAUGAUUCUCUCCUCAGCUGAAUUUCUCCUUCGUCAUCCUUCCCUACGGAACUGUGUUCAUGCGGUCCACCUGAGUAAAAUGUACGUUUCAACUUCAGUGAGCCCCCGUCAUCCUUUUCAUCCCUCUGAUCAUCGGAACAAGCUGAAUCGCCUGAUCUUUCUGAUUUUCCACCUACGCCCUCGUGCUCUUCCCCAAAAUUCCAUAAGUUUAAAAUCGAAUUGCCCCUGUAACCGCCCACGCACUAAAACCAUAACACAUCGAUUUGAAAAAUGAGAGAAUGGACAUUUGUGUAAAGAAAUGCGGUGAACUGGCUUUCAAAGAGUACAAGGGCAAACAGAGGGACGUCUGGCCACGGGGCACACUGCUCGGAACUCAUCGGAUCUCUUCUCACAAGCCGCUCGCUGUUUGCUUUUUCGUCUGCGUCGCCCCUUCUUCUCGCCCUCUCGCCCUCCGUUCUCUCAUCGACGUCUUCAUCAUUUCGGCCGACGGUCAUCAGUAAAAGGCGACAAAACAAUGCAUUGAUCAGUGUGUCCCCCCACUCGGAUAAAUCAUUUCACUGCGUUGCCUCUCUGCGUCUCCGCUUCCCUCGUCCUUUUCGUUGGCUUGGAAACGGUUCCGUCCGCUCAAAGUCUUCGUCUUGGAGACCGGAAGAAGGGGCGGGCUCGAGGAGAAGAGAAACAUUUUCUCGUUAUUUUUAAUUAAACGGGCCAAGAAACCACCCAUUUCAUUCUGUCCGCUGUCUCGUCUACUCUCCCUCUUUUAUUCGCCCCAAUAAUACCUGAUGAAGAAAGGAAAGAACGAGCCCACUUGGGUGACGAAGCCCCUUAUCGAACGGUAGGCACAGGAACAACCUAUCGAAUGCUCUCUUGUAGCCCUAACCCCCUAACUUUCGCUCUUUUCAGUUCCCAUUCGACCGAUUCUUCCAUCGAUGAAUCCACUGUCAAACUCACCAACUAUGGAUUGUUCUCUUAUACGCAAGGGAAAGAUCUGGCCCUUCUGGUUACCGGAACUCUGGCGGCAAUUGUCCACGGAGCAGGAUUCCCGCUUCUUGCCAUCGGUAAGCCUUCCAAAUACCCAUGAUUCUUUAUUCUCAUUCCUAGACUCGCCUUUCUUUCCAAACGAAUUCUCAAUCCUUUUUCGCACUCUGAUCUCCGACUAUCGUCGUUGAUUUGAUUAGUUAUGACAUGGCAGGAGUGUGAUCUUUGUUGUUCUUGGGGGAAAACAAAGUACGAUUGCUUUUUACAGUUCUCGGAGGAAUGACCACCGUAUUCUUGAGAGCACAAAACUCGGAGUUCGUCGUUGGCGUCGGUAAUAUUAAUCCGAACGGACUAGUGCCAAUUUCUUUGUUAGUUUGACGCAAAAUUGUGGAAGAAAACAGAAGAAUAUUCAGGGACGAGUUCAAUGCGGAAGUGGUCAAGUACUGUAUCUAUUAUCUGAUUCUCGGAGUUCUCAUGUUCGUCACUUCCUACAUCCAAAUAGCGUGUUUCGAGUCGUACGCCGAGAGAUUGGUGCACAAAUUGAGGCAAAACUAUCUGAAGGCCAUUCUGAGACAGCAGAUUCAGUGGUUUGACAAACAGCAGACGGGAAAUCUGACAGCCAGACUGACCGAGUGAGUGGAUUCCCUGUGCGCAGUUCAUAUUGUUUUGCUUUUCAGUGACUUGGAAAGAGUUCGUGAGGGUCUAGGCGACAAGUUCGCACUGCUCGUCCAAAUGUUCGCUGCGUUCCUGUCCGGAUACGGUGUCGGUUUCUUCUACAGUUGGUCCAUGACCCUUGUGAUGAUGGGAUUCGCCCCGCUGAUUGUGCUUUCUGGAGCCUGGAUGAGCAAGAGCAUGGCGACGAGAACGAAGGUGGAGCAGGAGACGUACGCAGUCGCCGGAGCCAUUGCCGAAGAGACGUUCUCCUCGAUUCGGACGGUGCACUCUCUGAACGGACACAAGCGAGAGCUCGAUAGAUUCCACAAUGCGCUGGAGGUCGGAAGACAGACUGGAAUCGUCAAGUACUGCUACAUGGGAAUUGGAGUCGGCUUCAGCAAUCUGUGCAUGUACUCCUCCUACGCUCUCGCUUUCUGGUACGGAAGCACUCUCAUUAUCAACGAUCCGACGUUCGACAGAGGACUCAUCUUCACGGUAAUCCCCUUUUUGAGCUUAGUAUCUCAUUCCACUUCUUCCAGGUCUUUUUUGCUGUGCUCUCCGGCUCUACCUCCCUCGGAGGAGCUCUUCCUCACCUUGCCAGUUUCGGAUCUGCUCGCGGAGCAGCUUCUACCGUACUCCGCGUGAUCAACUCUCAUCCGAAAAUCGAUCCGUACUCCUUGGAAGGAAUUCUGGUGAACGACACGAAAGGAUCCAUUUCAUUCCAGAACGUUCAUUUCCGUUAUCCAUCGCGAAAGGACGUUCCCGUUCUGAAAGGCAUAAGUUUGAACGUGAAGGCCGGAGAAAAGAUCGCGCUCGUUGGAUCCAGUGGCUGCGGAAAGUCGACGAUCGUCAACCUUCUGCUACGUUUUUACGAUCCGGCAAAGGGAAAAGUGACUUUGGACGGCAUUGACCUGAAGGAGAUCAACGUGCACAGUCUGCGCGAGCAAAUCGGAAUUGUGAGCCAGGAGCCGGUGUUGUUUGACGGAUCGAUCUACGAGAACAUCAAGAUGGGAAACGAGCAUGCGACGCACGAUCAGGUUGUGGAGGCGUGCAAGAUGGCCAACGCGAACGACUUCAUCAAGAGACUGCCGGACGGAUACGGAACGAGAGUGGGCGAGAAGGGAGUGCAGUUGAGCGGAGGACAGAAACAGAGAAUUGGUACGCAUUUCUGUUUUUUGUGUAAUAUACGUUCAGUUCAUUUCAGCCAUCGCCCGUGCCCUUGUCAAGAACCCGAAGAUCCUUCUGCUCGACGAAGCCACUUCUGCUCUCGAUACGGAGGCGGAGAGAGAAGUGCAGGCAGCUCUGGAGCAGGCGCAAGCAGGAAGAACCACAAUAAUCGUGGCCCACAGACUGAGCACCAUUCGGAAUGUCGAUCAGAUCUUCGUGUUCCGGGCAGGAAACAUAGUCGAGUCGGGCAGUCACGAGGAAUUGAUGACGAAACAGGGGAUCUUUUAUGAAAUGACACAGGCUCAAGUGGUCAGACAGCAGCAACAGGCCGCCGGAAAAGGUAGGAAUGGAGAGGAGUUUCUGAAGAAAUGAAACGAACAUUUCAGACAUCGAAGACACGAUCUCAGAGUCUGCUCAUUCGCAUCUGAGCAGGAAGUCGUCGACCAGAAGUGCCCUCUCGAUUGCCACGUCAAUCCAUCAACUGGCUGAGGAAGUUGAGGUCAGUUAACAGUUGAAAAGAACUAUAGAUUGUUUGUGAGAAACCUCUAGUUUAUUCCGAUUACAGCUAGUUGAUCCGUUUAACGGACAAACGAACCAAGAAAUGAUAAGAGCCCGAAUCCUGUCGGCCCUCGGGGGUGUAAGUGAACGAAUGAAUGGAUAUUGUUGUUUUCUCUUCUCUUGGGCUUUCCCUUCUGCUCUUUUGUUUCUGACACUUUGAAUGACUUAACUUCUCGGAUUCACCUCAAUUAAUUUAAAUUCCAUUAAUAGUUUUUUUCCAGGAAUGCAAGGCUCCGCCCACUUCGAUCUCAAAGAUUUUCAUUUUCAACGGUGACAAGAUCUGGUGGUUCUUCGGCGGACUUUUCGGGGCCGUCGUCUUCGGAUCCGUCACUCCGGUCUUUGCUCUCGUUUACGCCGAAAUCUUCAAUGUGAGUUUCCCAUGACAUUUCGGAAGAAAAUCCACCGACUUUCAGGUCUACUCGGAGCCCGUUGAGCAGAUGCAAUCGGACGUCUACUUCUGGUGUGGAAUGUUCGUUCUGAUGGGAGUCACCUUCUUCACCGGAUUCUUCAUUUCUGCCAACUGUCUGGGAAGAUGCGGAGAGUCCUUGACGAUGAAGUUGCGAUUUGAGGCAUUCAAGAAUCUGAUGAGGCAGGACAUCGCAUUCUACGACGAUUUGAGGCAUGGAACCGGAAAGUUGUGCACUCGAUUCGCGACGGAUGCUCCGAAUGUCCGUUACGUUUUCACCCGUCUGCCAGUCGUUCUCGCCUCCGUCGUCACGAUCUUCGGAGCCCUCGGAAUCGGAUUCUACUACGGAUGGCAGCUGGCUCUGAUUCUCGUCGUCAUGGUGCCACUUCUUGUGCUCGGAGGAUAUUUUGAGAUGCAAAUGAGAUUCGGAAAGCAGAUCAGAGACACGCAACUGUUGGAAGAGGCCGGAAAAGUCGCGUCGCAGGCCGUCGAACAUAUCCGAACUGUGCAGUCUCUGAAUCGACAGGAGCAGUUCCACUUCACCUAUUGCGAGUAUCUCCGCGAACCAUUCAACACGAAUCUGAAGCAUGCGCACACGUACGGAGCAGUUUUCGCCUUCUCACAAUCUCUGAUAUUCUUCAUGUACGCCGCCGCGUUCUACCUCGGAAGCAUCUUUGUGAAUCAGCAAGCGAUGCAGCCGAUCGACGUCUACAGAGUCUUCUUCGCCAUUUCGUUCUGCGGGCAAAUGAUCGGAAACACAACUUCGUUCAUUCCGGACGUCGUCAAGGCUCGUCUCGCCGCUUCGCUUCUCUUCUACCUCAUCGAGCAUCCGACUCCAAUCGACUCGCUCUCUGAAAAUGGAAUUGUGAAGCCGAUCACUGGAAACAUUUCCAUCCGCAACGUAUAUUUCAACUAUCCGACGAGGAAAGAUACCAAAGUUUUGCAAGGAUUCACUCUCGACGUGAGGAAACAUAAAUCAAACUUUGAAACACAAAAAUAAUUGUUUCAGGUCAAGCCCGGUCAGACGGUAGCCCUCGUCGGUCAUUCGGGAUGUGGAAAGUCGACGAUUAUGGGUCUUUUGGAGAGGUUUUACAACCAAGACAAGGGAAUGAUCGUGAGUCCAUCAGUCAGUCCCUUUCUCGUUUAGUUUUCUGUUUCAGAUGGUGGACGGCGACAACAUCCGCAACCUGAACAUCAGUUCUCUCCGUCAGCAAGUGUGCAUUGUCAGCCAGGAACCGACCCUUUUCGAUUGUACGAUCGGAGAGAACAUCUGCUACGGAACGAAUCGGAAUGUCACCUACCAGGAGAUUGUGGAGGCUGCCAAGAUGGCAAACAUUCACAAUUUCAUCCUCGGAUUGCCAGAUGUACGUUUAUCGUUUCGUGCUUCUUUUCGGAAUAUUGUCAUUUGAGGGAUACGAUACUCAUGUCGGAGAGAAAGGAACUCAACUGUCCGGCGGUCAGAAACAAAGAAUCGCCAUCGCGAGAGCCCUCGUCCGAUCCCCGGCCGUGCUUCUUCUGGACGAAGCCACGAGUGCAUUAGACACGGAAAGUGAGAAGGUCAGUUGAUCCGAUCCGAUUUGCCACAUCAUGCCACACUUUCCUCGUUCCAGAUUGUGCAAGAAGCUAUUGACGCCGCCAAGAAGGGCCGCACUUGCCUGGUGAUCGCCCAUCGUCUGAGCACCAUCCAGAACAGUGACGUCAUCGCCGUCGUCAGCGAAGGAAAGAUCGUGAACAAGGGAACGCACGACGAGCUGAUCAGAAAGUGCGAGAUCUACCAGAAGCUGUGCGAGAGUCAGCGCAUUGUCGAGAGCCAGUGA